CCCAGAACCCAGAACAGACUCUGGCCCAGCACCACAGAAAGGGUGUGAGUUGAAAGGAACGUGCAUAGUCAGGGGUGUUUAUGAAGCAAAACGUUGCCCUCGCAGCUGGCUCGAUUUUUCGGCAAAACGAGCAGAUUCCAGUCAGGUCGUGGGCCACCAGGAAGGCUAGGACAUUCCAUUGAGUUGCCUAACUGCUUCAACACACACUGAGGCUAGCCAUCUCAAUAGCCUUCGGUCGGAAUGAGUGACUGCGAUACUACCACCAGUUUGCAAUCACCAACCAGUUUGCGCCCUUUUGAAAACCUGCACUGCCAACAGAACUGCCCACUAAACCAGAAGCUGCCACCUGAAAACAUACUGAAACAGACGCUGCCCACCAGAACACUUCCAGUUCCCGGCUCUUCUCGGGUGCGGUACGAGAACGAAACGGGGCCGACCGUCCCCCAAGGCCGUCGACUGCCUCCGGCAGUCUCCGAUUUCUCAGCCCCACAGCCUCCAGCGUCCCACUUCCGGCUUCCAGCAGCGAGCUCGUCGCGGAACCCGCCAUGGCGUGAAAGUUGGCCAUGCAGAGAGGCUAUGUGACCAAAUGGCUGGUGCAUCGGAAUUUUGGCUUCCUACAGCCCGAAGGUGGAGGACCCGGUCCGACUCGAGGUGGUGGUGAGGAUGUCUUCGUGCACGGCUCGGUCUUGAGGGACGCCACGGCCUUGGCGGCAGGUGACCGGGUGGAGUAUCAGCUGGCAGGCAAGGGAGCGAAUGGCGCCAAACCGACAGCCUCGAGCUGCAAACGGAUCGAGAAGGAUCCGCGGACGGCCUAUGCGUUCCCUUGCGCGGACUGGAUGACUUCAGUGGGGGAGUUCCUCAAGACUGCAGGCGUCGGUGCUGCGGAGCUGGAGCGCACCGCCCAGGUGAUGGCGCCGUUCAUCACCUACAGCUCCGUGCGCUGCCCCUUCCUGGUGAUCUCGCAAGCAGGCCUCUUGGAAGGCAUGCGAGCCCCAAAUGCCAGCGAGUUGUCGAUCCUGCUGAAGUUGCUGGUGGCCUAUGCUCAGGGAUGUGAGGUGCAGCGGCGCUUUCUGCUGGCGGACUUCGAAGGGGAGAUGCUCGGGUACUGUGGUGAGUUGAGCACCGCAGCCCUUUUGGAGACGAAGGUCCUGGACCAAAACCUCAGACCGUUGAGUGCCAACGCCCUGGGCCACGCUCCGUUGGGAUUGCUCAUCGAUUUGCGGAGCACCCCAUGCAUUGAUGCCUUCCGUCCACUGAUGGAGAGCCCAAAGAUUAUGAAAGUGAUGUGGGGUGCUGACGCAGAUUUCGAGAGUUUGCUCCAUCAGGAGAUUCCAAUCCAUUUGAAGAUUCAGCCGCAGGCAGUGACGGACCUGCAGCUGGCCUUUUCCUCUGGGGAUCGGCGCUUGGGCAUGGCGCGGAUGUUGGAGCGAUUGCCUGCUGACCUCAUGAGCCCUUUGCCCGACAAGAAGCAGAUCGACUGGCAUGCCUUUCACUCCCAGAACCGGCGUGCCUUACAUCUACCGAUGUCCUUCAUGGAGGCGACCUAUGCCAUGGACGACUUGCAUCGCAUCGAGGCAAUUCUGGCGACAGUGAAGCCCUCGAGCUCCAGCUACCAAGCGGCAAGGAAGAGCACUGAUGAGGUACUGGCGGAUGUCAAGGCGGAUCCUUGUGGGUGGAGGUCUUUGGAAAGGAAUGAGUGCUUCUACCACAAGAGUUUGGGUGUGAGAAAACUUUCCUGCGCUGUGCGCCUGGUGCGGCACAGCGUCGCCCUGCGGCGCCGCGAGAGGAACGGCUUGGACCUGGGCGAGAAGAAGGAGAAAGCCCAGCAGAUCGAAAAAUGGGCCGCCUCCGAGUUGGCCGCCGCAGGUGUGGUGAUCCCCGAGGACCUGUCCUUCGCGGGCGACGACCUCAACGGGAGCUCCCAGACGGCCCGGGCCGGGGUUGGGCAGUGGUGGAGAAGCGCUGGCCAGAUGAAGACGCAGCCAGAGGACUAG